ACAGAACACAUUUAGCCUUCCCAAUGCUAGGUGCAUGUUAAUAUUAGCAUAGCAUGCUAUUUUUAGCUGUUUUCGUGUGUAGACACAUAUAAACACUGAGCAUUAUCAUGCUUGGUGUUAACAUGCCAACAUUAGCAUAGUAGCAUUUAAGGUGUUUUCAUAAGUAGACUAUGUAAAGGUAUUAUGUUAGCAUGCUAACAUACCAAUGUUAGCAUUGUUAGCAUACUAACAUGAGCAUACUAGCAUCCCAAUUCUUACAAUAAAACAAAAAUUCUACAAUAAAACAUAAAAAAAUCAUAAUCAAAAAUGUUUAUAAAAAUAAUUCUACACAGUUUUACAAGACAGACUCACAAUAAUGGUUAAAAUCAUUAAUCGAUCAUACUUUUUUUUUUAAAGAGGUAAUAUUGGAUGCAUGCAUGUACCCGAGUUGCUGGUGUGGAUGUGGGUGUGUGCGUCUGUGAAGGAGGAGGAGCCGUGGUCCUGUGGGCGAUAACAGGCUGCUGUUGACUGCUUUGCCUCGGCUCCGUCAUCUUCCUUUCCCCGCCGAUAUCGACCGGACGUAAAGCGGAUUUGUUCCUCGGGUAUGGAAGUUCCGUAACGGGCGAAGAUUCUUCCCCCUGAUGCUGUCCUCGGGAGUCCCGCCGUUCAUUACUCGACUUGACCCACCACGGAGCUGGCUUCUUGGGAAUCAUGAAAACGUGCUUGUGGGAGCCGGUCCUCCUCGGCCUGUUUCUGGCACUACCGGGGCCCCUCAGGGCUGGGACCCCCAUAAACAGCAGCCCGGAUGCGGGGACGACGGCCGUUUCCACACCGAACAGCUCCGAUGAAGUGAACACGGAGUACAAGUUAACUUCCACGUUUCCCACCAGGGAGAGUUCCCCGCCAUCGGAGAGGGACCUGCUGCUCUCACACACCGCGGAUACUGAGCAGCCACAAACCCUAAGAGAAACAUCCACCAAGUCAUCUGAGACCAUUCAGGCGUCCACUGAGCCAUUCUCCUCCUCUCUUGUUGGUACCUCGUCUGAGACCAGCAGCAGAGCUUGGAGGGAUACUCCUCAAAAUCCAGAUAUUCCGAAUGUUUCUCAUAAAUCUGUGUCGCCCUGGAUGGUGACAGAGGACCUGCCGCAGGACAGCCCAGAUUCCAGUCCGCGCAUGGGCAACCCCAUGUCCUCCCCGUCACAGACACAAGCCCUCACAGACAGCAUCUUCACCUCCACCACAAUCAACCGGGCUGGGGAGAGGACGCUACUGUCUGUCACCUCCUCCAGCAAUAGCUCCUCAUCAGCAGUCACACAGAACUUCAGCUUCAAUCAGUCCCCGUCCACAUGGAGUAUUCCGUCCACAGGGGUCACAGACACUGAGGACUUCACAGACACUGAGGACUUCACCCACAGUGCCCCAUCCACUAGGAGUGAAGAAACCAGGAGCCGUUCUUUGACUCACUCCUCAUUUCCAGAACCGGAGAGCUUGGAGACACCAAGAAGAACCAACACUCUUGUUGGACUUCUAAAUGCCACCCAGUAUCAACACAUCCCAGCAUCAGAGGAGACUUCACAGUCAACACCCACUAUGUCCAGCACUGACCCAACUGAUGAGUCUGUCUCAUCCAUACUUCCUGUCAUUUCACCUGUGAGUGGACCCACGCUUGUGUCAUACCAAGAUUCCACUAUCGAACCUUCUACAGAAUCUUUUAGUGGAACCAUGAGCUUCAGCACUCGGAGCCGUGAGGGCACAGAGGAGAGUUCAUCGAAGGAAAACGUGAGCCUUGUUUUCACCACAGCGCCAACUCAAGUCGUCAGCAGUACGACUAACCAGUAUGACUCUCCGUCGGAAACAAGUGAGGUCUUCCUCACCACCACGACGGUCACUCGAACUGACAGAUCUGAAAUGACAGAAGAGGAGACAGUUGGAUCAACUGUAUUCACCACCAGCCCUCUGCUACUUCCCACCUCAUCUUCCACACUCAGUAGCACCUCCCGCACCUUUACUUCAGCGCCUCCCACUAUCCCUUCUACUACGACCCCCACCACAGUUUCCCCCACCCUGACAGAGCAGACUUCAGCAGCUCCCCCUGCCCUCAUCUCCCCCACGAGCAAAGCCCCCAUAUCAUCAACUGGGGUCAUCCAGCCCACCAGCUUCACCACCUUGCAGCAGGAAACGAGCAUGAGCGCUCUGGGGGCCACCACGGCCCAAAGCCGUCACAUCACCGCGCCUUACACCCACAGCAGCACGACGGGGAGCACAGCGGCUCUGCACACCACCCACAAGCAAACAGACAGGGUGACCACAGAGGGAGUGGCGGCAACAUCUCCCACUCAUGUUCAGCCCACAAAGGCGGCUCCACCAAGAGACCCUUGCGUGUCCAACCCGUGUAUGAACGGAGGGAUGUGUGUGAGCUACCAGCACGGUCGCUUCAGGUGCGACUGUCCCCAGGCCUGGACGGGCCCCACCUGCAACCAAGACAUGGAUGAGUGUGAGAAGGACCCCUGUCCACUGGGCUCCAGAUGUGUGAACACCAGGGGUUCCUUCAGCUGUGAAUGCCCGCUCGGCUUCGACCUGGAGGAUGGACGUACGUGCACCAGAGCAAAAACAUUUCUGGGAACAUUCAGCCUUAACAGAGUGACACAUGACACCAAUAUCUUCAAGAGCGCCACCAUGCAUGAGAUCCAGAGAGAGAUUAUUCAGCUGCUCAAUGCCUCCUUGUCCAUCCUCAGAGGCUACAGCCGCUCCACUCUCAGUAAGAAGGAAGAGGAUGGUGUCCGUAUCUCUGCCGUCAACAUGUUCUCCAUCUCCACCGACGUCACCAGCGCCGAGGUCUACAACAGCAUUCAGAUGUCUUUGAAAAAUUGCAGCUCCUCACAGUCCCACUGCCGUGUGGUCCUGCACCACCGGCUCACGUACCACGUGGAGAGUCUUUGUUUGGCCCAGAGGAUUCAGUGUGAUGGCGAGCGUUCCACCUGCACGGAUGUCAACGGCACCGCGCAAUGUCAGUGUCUACAAGGAUAUUACAAACAUAACCCUGAUGACCUGUCCUGCCUAGAAUGCGGGGAUGGCUACAAGCUGGAAAAUGGCUCCUGCGUCCCCUGCAUGUUUGGUUUUGGAGGCUUCAACUGUGGGAAUUUUUACAAGCUGAUUGCUGUUGUUGUUUCACCUGCGGGGGGCGCCCUGCUCCUAAUCCUCAUCAUUGCACUCAUCGUCACCUGCUGCAAGAGAGACAAGAAUGACAUCAACAAGAUCAUCUUCAAGAGUGGAGACCUUCAGAUGUCUCCAUAUGCAGACUUCCCCAAAAGCAACCGCAUCUCCAUGGAGUGGGGCAGGGAGACCAUUGAGAUGCAAGAGAACGGCAGCACCAAGAACCUGCUGCAGAUGACCGACAUAUACUACUCUCCCGCGUUACGGAACUCUGACCUGGACAGAAACGGCUUGUACCCAUUCACGGGGCUGCCGGGCUCUCGCCACUCGUGCAUCUACCCCGCGCAGUGGAACCCAUCCUUCAUCAGUGACGAUUCACGCCGAAGAGACUACUUUUAACUUGCACCAUCCGAAACAGGCAAUCUCUGAUACUCACAUUCAGACAGUCAUUAGAAUACAUCAUAUAAUGCCAAAGUAAAAUGAAAGUAUUCCAGUGCCUUUGCAUGGAAUAUGCUCAUUUCGUUCAAGAGAGUAAAUACAAAAGCCUCGGUAUGCUGAACUAUGAAUAUAUGCAUGGCACUGCACUGAUUUCAUUAAGAGUUUAAGGAUGAAAUAUACUGUUAAUAAAACCACUACAUUGAAGUUAGUAGAAGUUGAAAGUAGACUUUGCGAUCUGAUACCAGCCUUUAUUUAUUCACAGAAUGUACAAAAUGUGGCAUUUUAUUCAGAUACACUGAAAGGUAAACCUGUGGCUUUAAGUGUGUAUGUUUUUGUGUGUGUGUGUGUGUGUGUGUGUGUUAUUAUUUGUACACUAGAAGUAUUAUAACUGCCACUGAGCAUUGGAAUGUACAGAUGUGUUAUUUUUUUAGAAUAUUAUUUUUAUGCGGCAUAUUUCCUCAUUUCUGGCGUUUUAGUCAGAUGUCUUUAUUUAAAUAAAUACAUAUUGCACAGAAA